UCUGCGACGACAACAACCACUGCAUCAAAAGUUGCAUCAACCAAGUAUUUUUAUUAAAAUGUCUGCCAACCUCGCCGACUACGAGCUGUUCAAGCCCCUGGAGCUGGCCCCGGGGCUCACGCUCAAGAACCGCAUGGUCUUCAGUCCAUGCACGCGCGCACGCUCUGACAUCAAGACGCGCUGUCCGAACGACGAGAAUGUCAAGUACUAUGCCGCUCGCGCCGGUGCCGGUUUGAUCAUUUCGGAGGGCUGCGCUGUGUCGGAGCAAGGCUACGGCUGGUACGGAGCUCCCGCGCUCUACACGGAUGAGCAACAAGAGGGCUGGCGCAAGAUUGUCGAAGCGGUGCACGCCGAGGGAGGCAAGAUCUUUGCGCAGCUGUGGCACAUGGGUCGCCAGUCGCACCCGUCGUUCCACCCGAGCAACGAAGUGGCGUCGUGCUCCUCGUCGUGCUACUCGACUGGCCGCACUCAUGACGCGGAGGGCAAUGCUACAGGCUUUCCCACCACUCGCGCUAUGACGAUCGAAGAGGUGCGUCAAGUGAUCGAGGACCACCGCAAGUGUGCCGAACGCGCCAAGUCUGCCGGAUUUGACGGCGUUGAAUUCCACGGUGCAGGAGGCUACCUGAUUGAUGAGUUCCUGCAGUCCAGCACGAAUACACGCACUGAUGAGUACGGUGGACCUGUUGAAAACCGCUUUCGUUUUUUGCGCGAGUUAAUCGAGGCGGUGACCACUGUCUACCCUGCCGACCGCGUGGGCGUACGUCUCUCUCCAAACGGUGUGUACGGCGGCAUGGGCAGCGAGGACAAUUAUGAGACGUUCACGUACGUGAUCUCGGAGUUGGGCAAGAUGGGACUGUCCUACCUGGCCACACACGACGGCUUCGGCUUCGGUCGCUCGGACAAAUGCCGCGUGUUCACGGUGUUCGAGUUGAAGACGCUGUUUAAGGGCCGCGUCAUGGCUACUUGCAGCUACACGCGCGACCAGGCCGAGGGCGUGUUGCACGCUGGUGUGGCCGACUUAGUUGGCUUCGGCCGCCCGUUCCUGGUGAACCCAGACCUGCCGGAACGCUUCCGCAACGACUGGCCUCUAGCCGAACCGCUUCCAUACGAGCUGUUCUGGAACGCGAAGAAAGGUUUGGAAGGCUACCACUUCCCUGCGUACGACCCAAAGAAGGCGGAGGCGGACAAGGAGAAGCAAGCGAGUCCCGUGGACCCAUAAGUUGUGGGGCUACUAGCUUAAUGCGCCACAAGUUGACUAGACUUCCUGAUCAUCGACAAGCAAAAAAAAGUAUCUUGAUCACUUCAAUAUAUUUUGGUAUCUUGAAGAGUUUUUAAGUUAGCUUUCUAUCCGAAAUUAACGGAUGCCAG